UGGGGAGGACGCAGUGCGCACAUGCGUCACUCACAUAAGGGCACUCACGCACAUCCAUCUAGGAGGCAGAGUGUGGGCCGUCAAGGGGAAACCGGGGCUAGUGGGUCUUCGCCUACAAAGUCUACACUCCCUCAGAGUCACAGGCACAUGUACAGGGGGACGGGGCGAGUUGCUUCCCCCCCCCCCGGCCACUGUAGGCCCAUGAUUUCGGCUCGGCUGAUUUGUCCAAGAAAAAACAGUCUUACCUGAGUGUCAGCAAGUCAGGGACACAAAUACAAGUUCAAUCGAUUUGGUACUUGACAUCGAUAUAGCUCGCUCGGCUAGCCUUAAUACCAGAUAAAACCAGGUUAAAACCCUAAACCCCCACCUCACUCCCGAGUCAUGUCGGUGAUCCCAUCGCCUUACGGGGCCCUUUCGUCGGAAGUGGCCUCGGCCAUGCACGAUUUGAAUCGCGUGGACGAGGAAGUCCUCUUGGGAGGCGAUGCGCGCCUAUUGGAACCCAGUCGCGAGGCUGAAGAACUAUUCCAAUUGCCUGACGGUGUGCAGAUCUUUUUUAUUAAGCCCGAUGGAACCGUGUCCACGUUUUCAGCUCCUUCCACUCUACGGAUAUUCAAGUUUAGGCAGCAACUCGGUGUCGAAUCCGAGACUCCCACUUUUAUUCAGGUUGGAGGGUGGACUCAUCCCUUGAUACCGGGGGCUUCCCCGGUUUUGGAGGCGGCCAAUGGAGCUUUUAUGUUUCCAGACGUGUACUCCAGCGAGUCAGGCUCGUCCGUCGGCAUAGUUCUGGCACCAGAAGUCCCUUCUAAUAUUAGAGAUCAACUCAGAGAACUCUUGGACACUUACACAGCUCUAAAAUCUCAAACUCUACUUCCUGAGGACCAGCGAUUGGGCACUAUCGGAAAAACCUUGGUCAAGGGUGCGGAAUAUGUCAAUAAAGGAUUAGAUUACGGAUCAAAACGUGCCUGUGAGCUGAUUGAAUACGUGGGUGAACAGCAGCGCACUAAGUUGAUUCCAGCCGAGACCGACACCAAAGUUGGUGCCACCUUUAAAUAUUCAGCGAAAGGCGCCCUCUAUGCCACUCAUGCUACGGUGAAGGUGAGUGGGUUUGUAGCCAACCGAGUGGGCAAGCUUACCAAAGGAGUCUCCAACUAUCUCGCAUCCAAAAUUGAGAAGCCGAUGACCGGAGCAGUGGUUAGCCAAUCCGGUGGCCCACCGAAGUCCAGUUCAAUGAGAAGCCUCUUUGAUGCGGCUCGAGGUGGUCUUAUUGCUUACGGAACUGUCUAUGCUGGAUUGGAAGAUUCCGCCAAAAGCCUAGGCACAUGUGUCAAAAGCCAAUCCGUUAGAGUGGUGGAGCACAAAUACGGACAAGAAGCUGGUGUAGUUUAUGGCGAUGCAAUGACGGCGGCCGGAAAUGCAGCCAUGACUUAUAUGAAUGUCACAUCCUUGGGGGUGAAGGGUUUGGUGAAAAGGACAGCCAAAGACACUGGGAAGGCCGUUGGCAAGGCAGUUAUCAACGCUCACGUGGAAAAGAAGGUCAAGGUGGAUGAUGGGAGUGCAGUUGCCUCGCAAUAAAUCCGACUUUAGUGACCCCAUGCUUGUGGAGAAAGAAAUUUUCUACUUACAAAAUGCUACCACCGUCCUUGCCUUAUACAUAUUUAAGCCUAUAUGUUAGUGAGAUACCUUGAAACUAAAUAAUGCACUUUACAAAGAAAAUUAUCAUGCAAUCCUUGGCAUAAUAUUAUCAUAACAUGUCGCUCUUUA